AUGCUGGUGCGCCUCGCCGCCUCGCUGGACGGGGCGGUGCUUGGCCUCGGCACGGCGGCCGUCGCCGUCGCGUCGUGGGUCAAGUACCUCGCCGUCUCGGGGCGGCUGCGCCUCGUCGCCUCCGCGGCGACGGCCUCCGUCGCCGACGCCCGCUCCCUCCUCCCGGGCGACGGCGACGAGCCGCGGGGCUGGAAGAGAAUCAAACUAUGGAGAGAGGCUAGGCAGGCACAACAGAUGUUUGAGGAUGCUGAAGAUGCUAUUCGGGAAGAUAACUCUAGUGAUGAUGAUGAUGAUGAUGAAGUAGGAGACGGGCAACUAUGUGUUGUGUGCUUAAGGAAGAGAAGGAGAGCAGCUUUUAUUCCAUGUGGGCAUCUUGUCUGCUGUUGCAAAUGUGCAUUAAGAAUGGAGUGUGAGGUUGAACCAUUGUGCCCUAUGUGUCGUCAAGACAUCAGAUACAUGAUAAGGAUUUAUGACUCUUGA